CGCAUUUUGCCAACCGCAGUCACACACUUUCGUAGAAGAUGGCGUCGGCUCCCGAUUACAGUUCCUACGGUCAAACCACAGCCCAACAAGGGUAUGGUUCCUAUGCUGCUCAGCCCGCGCAAGGCUAUGGACAGUCUGCCCAGCAGGGCUACAGCCAGCAGAGUUAUGGGUCAUAUGCUCAACCUGCUGCAGCGGAGACGGGUUAUUCUCAAGCAGCACCAGCAGCUGGGGCCUAUGCUCAGCAGCAGCAACAGUAUGGAUCCUCUUAUGGGCAGCCAGCAUCAGCUGGCUAUCCUGCUGCUCAGUCCAGUGCUCAUGGCUACUCACAGUCUGCCCAGGGUUAUGGGGCUAGUGGAUAUGAAAGUACUCCUGCUGCUGCUGCUGCAGCUGCUGCUGCUGCUGCUCCUGCUGCCUCUCAGUCUUAUGGUUCUCAGCCAGGAUAUACUGCACAGUCUGCCUACCCUGGUUACAGCCAGCAGGCUGCUCCUGCUGCACCCCAGAGCUACAGUGCCAACAGUCAACCAACUAGUUACAGUCAGAGCAGCUAUUCCCAACCAGCAGCAUAUGGCCAGCAGCAGGCGGGUUACCAGACUCAGCAGGGAGCAUACGCUCAGCAGCAAAGCGGCUACCAACAGCAGCCCCAACAGCAGCAGCAACAGGGUCCUCCCUCUGCCUACCCUCCACAAACCUCAGGUUCCUACGGACAACCUCCACCCAGCCAAUAUGGCCAACAGAGUGGACCUCCAAGUUACAGCCAGUCCAACCAUUACAGUAGCUACAGACAGGAUGGCCAAAGUGGCAGUUCUGGCUACCCAAGCUCAGAUCCUGCAAGGUACCCGGGGGCAGGAGAAAGCAGAGGGCCUGGGAGAGAUGGCUUUGACCGUGGUGGAAUGAUGCAUCGCGGGCGCAGCAUGGGCCGUGGUAUGGGCAGCGCUGGAGACAGAGGUGGCUUCAGUAAGCCCGGUGGACCACUGAGCAGCGAAGGAGAGCGUGAAAUGGGACGCCCCGAAGAGCAGGAUGACUCUGAGAACAGCACAAUCUACAUCACAGGGCUGACUGAGAAUGCCACCCUGGAAGAGAUGGCAGAUUUCUUUAAACAUGUCGGAACAAUCAGGACGAACCGGAGAUUGGGUCAGGCUGCUAUCAACAUUUACACAGACAAGGAUUCAGGGAAACCCAAAGGAGAUGCUACCCUAUCCUAUGAGGAACCAUUCACUGCCAAAGCAGCUGUGGAGCAUUUUGAUGGCAAGGAGUUCCAAGGACGAAGGCUGAAGGUGUCAAUGGCGCGUCGCAAACCAAUGAUGGGAGGGAUGAGAGGUGGCAUGCCCAUGCGAGAUGGCAUGAUGGGACGUGGAGGUAUGAUGGGCCGUGGAGGAGAGCGUGGAGGAUUUGUUCCAAGAGGUGGCCCACGUGGAAUGGGUCGAGGAGGACCUUCUGGAGGAAAUAUGCAGCAGAGAGCCGGGGACUGGGAGUGUCCUAACCCUGGUUGUAGCAACCAAAACUUUGCCUGGAGGAUGGAGUGCAACCAGUGCAAAGCUCCCAAACCAGAAGGUCUAGGUGGUGGCCCUCCAUUUCCACCUGCAGGCGGGGACCGAGGCAGAGGUGGUAUGGGAAUGCGUGGCGGCAGAGGCAUGGACCGUGGUGGACCAGGUGGAUCUGGAGGGCCAGGUGGCCCUGGUUUCCGUGGAGGCUGGGGAGGAGACCGUGGCGGUGGAUUCAGAGGAGGGCGAGGUGGAAUGGACAGAGGUGGAUUUCGUGGAGCAGGUCGGGGAGGACCACCUAUGGACCGGAUGGGUGGCAGAGGUGGAAGAGGAAUGGGCCCGCCUGGCAAGAUGGAUAUGAGGGACCAUCGUCAAGAACGCAGAGACCGACCAUACUGAAAGAUGGCUCCUUGCGCAUCACACUUGGAGCAGAAAUGGUUUUAAGAUUUUUUUUCUUUAAUUUAUGAUUCCAAACCUUAGCGGUUGCAGUGCUGCUUUUGAACAUCCCGCUGCAGUAUCAUUUAACUCAUAUAAGUGUUUGUAGUUAUUUUUUUAGUACUUGUUUACUCUUGCUUUGCUUCAUGAUCAUCUUCUCAUGUGCAUGAUUUGUUUUGCUUUUAUAAAUAUGCAAAUUUUGACAGUGUAUUGUUUUAAUGCAAGUAUUUUCAUUUUUAUUAUAAAUGCCUCCACUUCCCUUAAACGGGUGACAGCUGUGUAAUAACACAUUUGGGAAAUAAAUUUACUUGUUUGAUGUUUAAAAAAAA